ACGCGGAGGGCACUUCCGGUUCCGCUGCCGCGGCUGCCACCAUGAUCGGGGAUCUGCUGCUCUGCGGGUGCUGAUGAACGCGGGUGCCGUGCUCAACUUCCGGCUGAAGAAGAAGGAUACUCAGGGCUUCGGGGAGGAGGCCUGGGAGCCGAGCACAGGGGACAACAUCCGGGAAUUCUUGCUGAGUCUCAGAUACUUCCGAAUCUUCAUUGCGCUGUGGAACAUCUUUAUGAUGUUCUGCAUGAUUGUGUUGUUUGGGUCUUGAACGUCAUGGAAGCAUGUACCGGGCGCAGGUGUUCUGUUGUGACUGGGAAGAGGCUUUUGGCUGGAAACGUGACCGUUCUGUAAAGUAAAAUAUUGCAAUAUUUUCAAAAUACCA